AUGCUCUUUGCCUGUGUGCGAGCGGGUGCGGUGCGUGCGGUGCCGAGAUGCAUGCCGCUACGUCCUGUAGCAAGAAUGCUGCACACGACGCCGUUGAGGAUGGAAAAGUCGCAUUCGGCUGUGGCGCAGUAUGUGGGUCCGAUGAGGAUGGCCUACUAUCGUCUCAAGCUGUUUUCGCUUUCUUCCCUGAGUGUGGCUGCGCUCUUUGCCCCUGUCUUUUUGCUUUGGCCACAUAAGAUGGAGCUGGCUGCGCGUGUGGGUAUUGUGGCGACGACGCUCGGUGCGAGUUCCGUGAGCACCGCGCUGAUUUCGUGGAUUGGAUCGCCGUACGUGGGGCACAUGACCCUGCGGCGCGCAGAUCCACAUGCCGAGCCACUGCACUACAUAUCUGACACGAUCAAAGAUGCAGUGUUGGAUGAUACGCCCAGUGAUCCGACGCGCCACGCAAGCGAGAAGUACUACAUGGAGAUUGCUACGUUGAGCUGGCACAUGCGCUCCUUGAAAACGACUGUAUACGCACCAUCGCUCCUGCGCGCAGCAUCGCGUCCCCUUGCUACGUGGGAGCUUCCGGAGACUCCACCUCCUAUCACGAUUGAUGCGCCCGCCUCAGUAGGUGACCAUACCAUUUCGAGUCUCGUGGCAGAGACAGUCGAUGUCUCGAGUGGCAGAGUCGUGGGCCGCUGGUGGGCUCGGUGGCGCAUCACGGGUGUGGAUAGCUCGGAGCCUGUGGCGUUCGAAGGCGCCUGUGAGAGUGAAGGCAAGCCGGUGCGCUACUUUUACGUCGACGAGACCCAGCUCGGAGAUGCGUGGCGCGUCUUGGACUAG